AUGGCUACCGAUCCUGAUAAGGUGAGUGCGCGCACGGCGUCCAAGCGCCAUCACCGAAGGCUGCUACGCAGUCUGAUGACGUUUGCGAGAGCUUUCAUGAUCCGAGAUCGCGGUCUCGAUCCACGGAGAACGGGUGCUUCCACCACUUCGAGCUGCACAGAGUCUUGGCAUGGAAACCCGCCGCCCCGACUGAUCAUCACCACAACUAAUCUGCAUAACAUCCACAUCUACUUACGUAUCAUCAUCUCAAUCCCCCUAACCCUAGCCUAACGCUGAAUUCAACCGCGAAUCCAUCGCGACGAUCCCAUCGGAGCAACGCAAAGACGAAAAGGAGCGUUCCAAAAAUGAUGCUCAAGUACUCGAGAGGGCCGGCGGUCAACCCGAUUUGACGACAAGUGGUUCUCCCGGAAGCGAUAAGAAAGAACAGAAUUUUGGAAAGGUGCGUCAAGGGUGCUCGAUCUGGGGUCCGGAAUCUACCCUGCACGCGACAGAGGGGGUCUCGAGUGGGACUCCGCUUCUGAGCUUGCCGUCAAGUUCGCUUGGAGUCGGAGCUGCAUGCUGUAGAGCUUUGCUGAUUACAAGCGUUCUUGCGACUCGCAUCUGCAGCCGAAUUCUGGGAACAAUAAGAACCUUCUCGAUGCUGGAACCUCGUUCGGUGGUGAUGGGUCAGCCGAGGGAGGAGUAAGCGGCCGCACCGAUUUGCUCGUCCAAGUUUUCGAGGACUGAUACUCGCAUACUCGUCACAGAUCAACGCGGAUGAAGGACCCAACCCCAAGGCGUACCGAUCAAAGCUCUGA